AUGGACGACCCUCUUCUAUACCUAAACCACCCUCACCAUCCCUCCUCCUCAUCGCCUGUAGCAGUCUCCGAUCUCGAAAGCUACCUCCUUGACACCCCUCCAAUCGGCAGCGCCUCUGGCAGCUUCCAGAACGAGGGAUUUCUUGGCGGCGGCGGUUUCGACACCGGAUUGAUUAACGAGGCUGAUUAUGGAUUCUCCCGUCCCGAUUUCCGACAGGGCUCACUUGUGGGAACUGUUGAGCUAUACGACCGUCAUGUUUUUCUGUGUUACAAGAACCCACAGGUCUGGCCUCCGCGAAUUGAGGCUGCGGAGUUCGAUCGACUUCCCAGGCUUCUUGCUGCUGCUUUGACUGCUCGGAAGGCUGAUAUGAAGCGACAGACCCGCUUAACAAUAUGCGAGGGACAUGAUGGAACUGAGACAUCAAAUGGUGACGUGUUAAUCUUUCCAGACAUGAUAAGAUACAGGAGAUUAACACAUUUUGAUGUCGACACAUUUGUUGAGGAAGUGUUUGUUAAAGAUGGUGAGUGGUUGCCCGGAAGCCCGGAAGCUCUUAGAGGUUGGUACAUCUUUGUAUGUUGCCAUAGUACAAGGGAUAAACGGUGUGGAAUUUGUGGACCUUCUGUGAUUAGCAGAUUCAAAGAUGAGAUAGAGUCUCGUGGUCUGCAAGGUAAAGUGUCCGUAAGCCCAUGCUCACAUAUUGGAGGGCAUAAGUAUGCAGGAAAUGUGAUCAUAUUUGGACCAAAUGCUAAAAAAGAAGUCACUGGGCACUGGUAUGGAUAUGUUAUGCCCGAAGAUGUACCUCUUUUUCUGGAACAGCAUAUUAGGAAAGGAGAAAUUGUAGAUUAUCUGUGGAGGGGACAGAUGGGAUUAUCAGAAGAAGACCAGAAAAAAUCACAGGAACUAAGGCUUCAGGUUCACGGUGGGACCAAUGUGGAAACAAACGUAAAGGACUCGAUGCAAAUAAAUGAUGUGAGGGCCAACACGUGUGGAUCUCAAUUGGACGGCACAAGAUGUUGUCAAGGGAAUGAAGGCUCCCCUUGCUGUCAAAACCCUACGUUGCAAGAAAAAAGGGAGGAUGAGGAUUCUGAUUUUCCCAAGGGGGCAGCAAAAUUUAAAGCUGAAAUGAAGAACUCCAAGAAGCAAGCUUCUCGAAGUAAUAAUGGCAAAGGGGCUGGCGCUCGAAAGGUUUGCUCAAUGCCUACUUGGUAUGAAUGCUGGGAGCGUGAAGACACAUAUGCCGCACUUGCUGUUAUAGGUGCUGCUAUAUCAGUCGCCUUUGCCUAUAACUGCUACAAGCAGUUGGGUUAA